GUUCAGAAAGCAAUGGAGCUGUCGGAUGAUGAUCUGCGGAACGAGCUUGCAAAAUACAUGGAUCCUGUGCCGCCGGCAACAGGUUUUGUGGUUGCGUUUUUAAUGCUUAUAGGUUCUACUCGCGAGGUUCUUAAAGCUAAACUAGCCAAGUUGCAAGCGUCGAAGCCAAAAGAAGCCUCUAGCAAAAGCGCUGCUACAAGUACGGACAACUCACCGGAUAGACGUGCGUCUAGCUCUAGACGUCAAGCUGUAACAACAGUCCCUGCUACGACAACGCCAGCAAUUGUCGAGAAUCGCGCCCCAGCUGUACCAGUUAGUCAGCCCUCGCCGGAGAGACGAUCAGUCGCGGACGUUAAUUCUGCCACUUCCGAAGCCGCUUUUCACGAUACCAGUAAGUCGCGUAAUGACUCGGUACUCUACGAGGACAGCGAGUACCGCAUUCGUUACUUCCCCUCUGCUGAGUUGCCGGACUAUCCUGGUGGCCUACCUGUUUUUCGUCGACGCUCUCUUCAUCCCUCUGGUAACCAGGUGGCACCAUCGGAUCCUUACGAAGAAUUUUAUAUCCGCUCACCUCGUCUCCAGGCAAAAAUUGAUGCCGAGCGUAUCAUUUCGCGUGUUAUGACUAGCAUUAGCAGUCCAACAAAACAUCCCCACUCUAGAGUUCAGGCAUCUUGUGACUUUCUGUCCCACUCUCUUCUUGGUCUACUUAGUCUUCUGCUGGCACCUUUCGCUUUGGUACGAGCAUUGACAUGUGAGUUACUUGAUGUCGGUGUCGAUACUCUCUUUGAGUGUCUUACCGGUGCUCUUUAUCGUUGUAGAUCGUUUCUUCUCGAUCCUGGGUUUAAAGACAUUCUUCUUUCUGCUCAUUGCUUGCCUCCUGACCGCCCUGGGGAUGUUCUUCUUUCUUUCGGAUCCAUUCUAUCGCAAUCCUGUGCCGGAGUUUAUUGA